AUGCUAUCCUCUAUCCUGUUUUGGGGUCUUAUUGCCCUCAUUGGCACUUCCAAGGGCUCCUACCCUUUCACUCACUCAAUGAACCCUCACCUGCAACCCCGCCUGUACCAUGGCUGUUAUGGUGACAUCAUGGACAUGGAGGCCUCUGGCGUGGCCUGUGAUAUAACCAGGUUAAUGAACUGUGGAAUCCGUGGUUCUGAAAUAUUUGCUGAGAUGGAUUUGAGAGCUUUAAAGACUUACCAGACUUUGAUCAAAGAAGUUGGGCUGAGGCAUUGUGUGGACCCUGCUCUCAUUGCUGCCAUCAUCUCCAGAGAGAGCCACGGUGGAGCCGUCCUGCAAGAUGGCUGGGACCACAGGGGACUGAAAUUUGGCUUGAUGCAGCUCAAUAAAAAAAUUCAUCCCCUUUUUGGUGAUUGGGACAGCAAAGAACACCUUUUGCAAGCUGUUGGGAUUCUAACAGACAAAAUUAAGGCGAUCCAGAAAAAAUUCCCCACAUGGAGUGUGGCUCAGCACCUCAAGGGUGGUCUCUCAGCCUAUAAGUCAGAAAUUGAUGCCAUUGCUACCCCUGAGGACAUAGACAAUGACUUGGUCAAUGAUCUUCUUGCCCGAGCUAAAUUCUAUAGAAGACACAGCUUCUAGGCAAAGAUCUGUAGGUGUGCCAGGUUGGCAGGUGCUCAGAUGGCCCCUCCUUGAUAUGGAUGUGCUGUACCCAACACUGGCCAAGGUUACAAUUAUGACAGAAAAUUUUCCAAUUUUCUUAAUGCAACUAAGCAUUAAAACUAAAGAAAAGAAAAUCCAUGCAGUUCACAAUAUGGUUCCUGUAGAAAUACACAUAAUUAUUUGUAGUAAAUGUGAAUAUUAUGGUAAGUGACAUCUACAUACUCCAGUGAGGCCUUAUUUUGGCUCAUGA